AUGGUGAUGGACACACAAACCACAGCAUCCGCCACCAGCACGGCGCUCACGACCGACCACACUGUUGCCUCUCGGACGUCCCGCUCUGAGCCGAACGGUGGUGUGCAUAAUGUAUCGUCACCUCCAACGAGCGAACCGACUGGGGGAAAUGGCGGAGGCCGGCGAAGGAGUAAAUACCGGCAUGUCGCAGCGUACCAUUCCGAAGUGCGCCAUUCCAGUCUCAGUCGGGAAUCGAAUACUUCUCCGAGUUUCCUCGGAUUCCGGAACCUCAUGGUAAUCGUAUUAGGUGAGUGCCCUAGUGCUCUCCUACGUUUUGUGAACCCGACGGAGAACUCAUACGGGUCGCGACUAGUUGCUAUGAAUCUUCGAUUGGUUAUCGAGAAUUACGUGAAGUAUGGGGUCUUGAUCUGCAUCAGAUGCCACGAUUAUCGAAAGCAGGACGUUGUCCUGGGCUCAAUGUUAUUUGCUCUCGUCCCAUGCCAGCUAUUCAUCGCCUACCUCCUGGAAUUGGCCGCAGCGGGUAGGGCCAAACAGACUGUGGGCCGAAAGAAAAAGGACGGAUCAGCCGAGGAGGGCGAACGUGAAGCACGUGCUUUUCGACACAUCUGGCGGUUUGCAUUGUCCUUUCACAUCCUCAACAUUGUUCUCAAUCUCGCCGUCACGAGCUUCGUUGUGUAUUACUACAUCCACCAUCCCGGCAUUGGUACGCUCUGUGAAGUGCAUGCGAUCGUUGUCGCGUUGAAAAACUGGUCCUAUGCGUUCACCAAUCGGGAUCUGCGAGAGGCGAUGCUUAAUCCCUCGGCGGAGUCGGCGCUUCCCGAGAUCUAUUCCAGCCUCCCGUACCCGAAAAACAUCACGUUAGGAAAUCUAACGUACUUCUGGCUUGCACCGACACUGUUGUAUCAGCCAGUAUACCCCAGGUCGCCUUCCAUCCGAUGGCCAUUCGUGGCCAAACGCUUGUCGGAAUUUGCGUGCUUGUCGGUGUUCAUUUGGCUACUUUCGGCCCAAUACGCUGCGCCAGUUUUGCGCAACUCCAUUGACAAGAUUCGUGAUAUGGCAUAUGCAUCCAUUUUUGAGCGCGUUAUGAAGCUAUCCACCAUCUCUCUCGUCAUUUGGCUGGCUGGGUUCUUUGCGAUUUUCCAAUCACUCUUGAAUGCUUUGGCGGAGAUCAUGAAGUUUGGCGAUCGGGAAUUCUACACCGAUUGGUGGAAUAGCCCAAGUCUCGGUGUUUACUGGCGGUCAUGGAAUCGGCCAGUGUACCAGUUCAUGAAGCGGCACGUAUAUUCUCCGUUGAUAGGGCGGGGGUACAGCCCGUUUGUGGCAAGCACUGUCGUAUUCACCAUCUCCGCUCUCCUUCAUGAGCUCCUCGUGGGGAUACCCACGCACAACAUGAUAGGCGUCGCGCUUGUUGGAAUGCUGUUCCAGCUCCCGUUGAUCGCCAUCACUGCCCCAUUGGAAAAGAUGAAAGAUCCAUUGGGUAAGCCCCUGGGAGCACUGCUGUAUUUCUUUGCCUGGCAGGCAAAAUAUGGCAGUGUGAGCAGGAUGGGCAACUGA